UUUGGCACACGCUCAGAAUCAGUAGCUUGUUGAAAUCAUUCUUGAUUUGUUUAAUGUUUAUUUUGUUUAUAUUUAUAGUUGCAUUGUAAAUGUAUAUUAGGUCGUUUAAAUUAGUAUUUAAUAUUUUGAAUAUUUCAAGAAACAUUAUUCCAUAUAUAUAUUAUUAUGGCAGUAUAUUUGACUAAAAAUAUGUUAUUAAAAUUAAACAGAGUGACCUAUUCUUCAAACUAUGUAAAUGACGACGAGGGAAGCAGUAAUAGUGACCACUGGCAAAAUCUUAUUAAAGACAACAAAAGCACUGAUCGUUUGGCUAAGGAUAUGAUCUGUAGAGUGUGUGCCAAAAGUGGGUGUACACCAUUAACUGAAAAGAUAAAUGGAUAUGACAUAACAAGUGCUAUUCGCAGUAUUACAAAUGUCAAUAUUGAGCUUGAUGACUCUUUGCCUAAAUAUAUUUGUACAGAAUGUUUGGAAAGACUGAAGAUGGCAAUGACAUUCAAGAGGACAUGUGAGACGUCUGACAAGAAAUUUAGAAAAAUAUUAAAUCCUAUGGGUGAUCCAUCCAUGCACUCGUAUCCAUAUUCUAAGCAUGACUUUCAACUGAUAUUGCAUCAAAUGAAACAAAAAAGAAUGAAGUAUGAAGAGAAAUUGGAAAAGGAACGAAAGAAAAGGGAGAAAUUAGAACAAAAGAAACUGCCUAAGAUAAAACAAUUUAAAUGUUCACCUUGUGAUAUGAUAUUCCCAAAUAAGGAUAAAUUAAUGGCCCACCGACGCGAGAGACAGUGCAUGCGGCGCGCUUGCGACGUGUGCGGCCAACUAGUGUUGAGCAUCGCACAGCAUAUGAGACAUAUACACAAGCAGACUGUUCCUCAUAAGUGCCCCACGUGUGGCAAGGAGUUCCCCAUUAUUGCUCGCCUUAAGAAUCACAUGCUGGUCCAUACAGACACAUUCAAUUUCUUCUGUGAUCUCUGUCCAUACAAAUGUAAACAUAAGUAUUACCUCGUGAUGCAUAUGCGCACACACACCGGUGAGAAACCUUACAAAUGUCAACAAUGUCCGGCAACAUUUGUGAAUCCAUCUAAUUUAAAUAAGCACAAGCUAACACACCGGGAAAAACAAUUUAAGUGUAUGCUAUGUGAGAAGGCAUUCCGUACGAACACUGCGCUCCGCGAACACCAAGAAGCUACACAUAUGCACAUCAAGCACACAUGCAACUUCUGUGGCAGGGACUUCUGUUAUAAAUCCGACCUUCGAAAACACGAAAUACGCAAUCAUAACCGUAUGAAGCGUGAUUACAUUGGCGGGGAGCCAACCUAUAAGCAAGUAGAGAGAAUGCAGAAAUUGCAAGAGAACGAGGCGUUGAGUAAGUGGCGUAUACAGACGGCAGAGGAGACGACGGUGCCCGUUGUGCAGGCCACAUAUAUUGAUCAAAGCAAGGAGUUCAUACAGACCACACAUUCAAUGUAUUUCUCUGACGUCACCGGGAUGAUACAGCAACAGCCUCAAAUUGUUCAACAGCAAACCGUACAGUUGUCAUUACCGGAGUUAGUGAUGAAGAAGGAUGAAGUGAAAAUCUACGACACACAGCAAGGAAUUUAUUUUUAAGUGAAGAUUAGUGGGGCAUUAUUAGAUGUUAUAGGUAAUUAUCGUAUUAUAAUCAUAUUAUUUGAGUACUCAUUUUUAUUUAUGAUUUAUAAAUUUGCAAUGUAUACUUUUACAAUAAAAUGUAACAAUAAUAAAAUAGUUUUAAUAA